AUGCUAAGCAACGGCCUAUUCUGGGAUGAUGUUCAAUGUCCUAGCAUUGUGGUGGACCGGCAGCUAGAUAACAUGGACGUCGAAAACUCGAAACUCGUGGAUGGACUUAUUUUCGGAUAUCUUGGCAGGCGACAGGCUAGUUUUGAUUUUGUUUUUGUAUUGUGUAAAGUGGAGUAUCAAGAGACUUUGCGAGCUUUCUGCAACGAGGCGCCAUCUCUUCGGGAUAAUCGUCAUCGCUUUGAGAAUGGUGGAGAUGUCUAUAUUCAAGUCAGUGAUCAGUUACAUGAGAAAAACCUCGAGCAAAUAGUCAAUGCUUUUGCUGUAGUCGGUCGUUUCGAUGUUUCACCGGAGCUCAUAGACUUCGGUAUUCGUUUACGCGACCUCACGAAUGAAUUUUCGACGAUGACCGCUGUCAAGGGACGUACUGUGAGUGAUAACCAGAUGAAGCUCUAUGGCAAGAGAGUAUUCAGCAAACAGCCAACUUCACGGUCUUCUCAGCCUGCUCUUCGUGACACGGAGCCACAAAAGUCGCAGCAGCAGUUCCUUACGACCUACUGUGCGUCUCAAAGUGGUAAUCAAGCUGCGUAUCAAAAUGCAAACGUCCACUCAAAUCAACCACAACAAGUUCUCAGCCAACAAGAUUACAAUUACGAUUAUCAGCCACAGGAUAUUUCUGCAACCAACACGAUUACUUACCUAACCACUGGUCCCGCAAUGCCUGCUGCACAUCCACCAACGUCAUGUGAACAGCCAAUGCUAAUCGAUUACGGUGUCAGUGUCAAAGACAAUCAGCAAGACAUGAACACAGCACCAUGCACCAGAAAUGAUACAUCUGAACAAUGUGGCAAUGCCCCGCAUGCUCAUCUAAGCUCAUCCUUUUCCUCAGAAAGCGGUGCACACAAACGGAAAGCUGCGGUGCCACAUCGUCGUGAUGAACUCGUUGCACAGACGGCACAAUCAUUAAUCGUCCCCAACGGCGUGUUGUUGGACUUGGAUUCGGAUGCGGUGGCCAAAUCAGCAUCGCAUGCAUCCCUGUUGUCUAACAUUGAUGAUUCUGCCAUGCAGUGUUUGGACCGUCUUAUUAAUGGAAAUCUGAAUGAGGUAUUUCCAUUUUGUGACGACCAUGGGGAUCUGUCGGGAUUCGAUACUGAAAUGGAAAAUGCUUUCCCUAGAAAUCAGAGUAGGGGCAGUGGAACUGGAGAUCCAUUUUCGGAGCCUGCUCCUCCUCCUCUCGACGUCGGUCCUUCACAUAGUCCACCACCUGAAGCCCAUGCCUCCAAAAGUCGCUCACUUGAUGAGGGAGAAAUAGGAAAAACUGAAAAGCAGACGGGUAGCAAGGUAUUAGUGAGAUCGGACGAUUUCGAAGCUACCCCGGCGCGUGAACACUCACCAACUCUUCGUAGCGAAUCAAGGCGUUCCUCAUUGGACUCCGGAAGAAGCAAACGCGAUGAAAGACGAACUGCGGAUAGGCUGAAAGAUUUUAAUCGCAAUCCUCCAAAGACACAUAACAAUCCUAGAAAGUCAACUGAUCGCUCUGAGUUGAAGGAUGCCAUGAUAUUUGAGUCAGGAAACGUUCCCAGAGUGCAUACCCCUACAAGUACAGGAAGUCGUUUGUCGAGAGAGCGUACACGAGGUUUUUCAUCGUUGUUCGAGGAAGGUCACAGUAACCCGUCCUCGCGUGAUUCCUCACCUCAUCGUGAGAAGUUGAGCAGGAAGGAAGAGGAACGCCGUCGUCGGGAGAAGGAAAUGGAAAAGGAGAGGCAACGAGAUAAGGAGCGCUUGAAGCGUCAAAGGCGAGAUCGUCAUCGGGAAAGUGAACGUCAGCCACAGCACAGCCCGGACAGAAAAUUAGAGAAGAAAGCUCGCCAAAGAGAUGAUGAAGAGAAAAAUCGCGAUACAAAGGAGAAGGAGAAGAAACGGGAACAAGCAGAGGAGCGCCGGGUGAUUGAUGAAGCUGAUAGAAGAAAAGCUGAGGAAAAAUCAAGAAGAGAAAUGGUCAAAAAGAAAAAAGAAGAGGAAUUGGAAGCCCGGCGACAAGCUGAACUGCAGAGGCGAGCGGAAGCAAUGAGGAGGAAAGAAGAGGAAGAAAGGAGACGCCGACAAGAGGAAAAGGAACGUCAGGAGGAGAAGAAGAGAGAAGAGGAGAAGCGAUGUCUAGAGGAGGAGAAAAAGAAAAAGCGAGAAGAGGAUUCAGCACGACGUGAAGAGGAGAAAUCGCAGAAACGCAGAGACGAGGAUGAUGUUGUGCAGGAAGUACUGAGGAAAGAGAGCGAAGAGGGCAGGAGGGAAGCGAAUAGUGACGCUAGUGAUGGGCAAGAGACAGCGAGGAGUACCGUACACUCAGAUCAGGAGAGCUGCAGCUCUGAUGGAGACAACGGUCCUUCCGCUGAUAACAUGCGUUCGGCUGGGCGUGACGAGGAAACGAUGCCUAGUAAAAAGGAAUCACGUGGUCAAGAACAGAAACCGCGCUCUCUUAAGGCGGAAACGAGGAAAGGAACUGAAACUACAAACAGACACGCCGAGCGAGAUGUGCCGCUUGAGAGCGAAGACGAUGGUGCUCCUCCUUCGGAAACUGACGAAAGGAGAAAGAAGUCCAGGGAAGAGACGCGUCCUAGUAAAAGUACCACAGACAACAAAAAGCCACCUCCACUGCCUAUUCCUAUUCGCCGUCGUGAGGAACAGAAAAGGACUUCUGCCAAGCCCUUGGAGCCAGGGAUGAUGAUGAGUGAUCCUGGUGUUUUGGAUCGCAUAAACAAGGAAAUGGAAAGUUUGACACCGAGUUCGAAGAAUCGACCGAGCUCUAAUCGAUCGCCGGAGGAGUCCCUUCCAAGCGUUAAAAGUUUGCCAACGACAAGAAUUCCCAAGCGCGACACUCCUGUAGACUACAACCAAGUUCUUUUCUCGAAUCCGCCGGUAGUAAAACGUACGCCACCCGUAGUAGAGAAGAAGAAGAAUUAUGUGAUAUCAAGUGGUUUGUCGACUCCGAAUGUCAACCAGAUGGUUUUUUCGAAGGCACACUCUUCUAGAUUGGGCAUGUUCCUCGAGAAGGUCAGCGAUAAGCAUAAAAGGUUGAUGGAACGGGAAAACGAUCGAGCAACUGCAUCUCCUGCUUACGAUGACCCUGAUCGAAACGGAGCUCCUUCUCCGAUUGGCUUUUCACAUUUCCCUAGGCAGCAGCAACAGAAGUUUGCACCUCAAAAAAGGCCGUUACCUGCGACAAGUUUGGACUCCUACCUCGGCUCUCCUCCUCAGAAACAGUUGCCAUGCUUGUUAGGCGGUUCUUCACUCACGGUAGGCAGGCAGCUAGCUGGUUCUGUACGCAAUCCAAUGGGUCUGUUGAGGAACGCACUGUUAAACGGCACCUUGUUGACAGACGAGACUGUGCCAGAGCAUUGGACGAAACCAUCCUCGGGUGUGACCACAUCUCAUGAUUUCAUGGUAGUCCAUCCCAAGAUUCGAUGGGGAUCGUCGUCAGCAUCGAUUCUCAAAGAUCCACAACGGCAACUGGAGGAAGCCGUUACUCUCGUGAACACUCUACCAGGCUUUCGAGUUGUUGAGUAA